AUGCAGAUCUUGGGAAACACUUUGGAGGAAAUCGCCGAAGAGAAAUCCCACAUCAUCAAAAAGGGCGCCGCUGUUGUCUUGGGCCCUUCCGCAGCAGCUUUUCCGGUCUUUUGGCAGCGCGCUGCGGCGCUGCAGUGCGAAGUUUGGGAGGCCAAAGGAGACCCUCGAGGAGACACUUUUCAGGCCGAAAACGCCAACAUCGCGCAGGUGGUGGCGCAGCACGUCUUGAGACUCGAUUUGGCCCCCAACGAAUUGGCAGCAGCUCUUGCUGCUGUCCCCCCGCUGAGGGGACAGUGGCUGGACGAGCAGCAGCUGCGUGCUGCAGCACGACUCUGCAGCAGCAGCAGCAGCAGCAGCAGCAGCAGCAGCAGCAACAGCAGCAGCAGCAGCAGCAGCAGCAACGGGUACGAGCCAGCGGCGGCAAGCGCUGCUUCAGCUGCAGGCGCAGCAGACGGAGUUGCACCAGCAGCGCUCAAAACUCCUGCUGCUGCUGCUGCAGCAGCAGGAACACCAGCAGCAGCAGCAGCAGCAGCAGCAGCAGCAGCAGCAGUUCAACUGCCUGUUCCUCUGGGCGUUGUGGUAGAUGUGGGCCACAACGAAUCCGCCCUAGAUAGACUGUUCCAGGUAGCUGCUGCUGCUGCUGCUGUUGCUGCUGCUGCUGCUGUUGCUGCUGCUGCUGCUGUUGCUGCUGCUGCUGCUGUUGCUGCUGCUGCUGCUGUUGCUGCUGCUGCUGUUGCUGCUGCUGCGGUCUCCAGCAUGUCGGCUGUCGCCCAGAAUAGGGUUUUUUCUGAGUGUCUCCUUUAA